GGGGCUGGGCGCCAUGGCCAAGAGCAGCUCCCUGAAUGUUCGCGUGGUGGAGGGCCGGGCGCUGCCCGCAAAGGACGUGUCUGGGAGCAGUGACCCCUACUGCAUCGUGAAGGUGGACGACGAGGUGGUGGCCAGAACAGCAACUGUCUGGAGGAGCUUGAGCCCCUUCUGGGGGGAGGAGUACACCAUUCAUCUGCCCUUGGAUUUCCACCACCUGGCCUUCUACGUGCUGGACGAGGAUACAGUGGGGCACGAUGACGUCAUUGGCAAGAUCUCGCUGAGCAGGGAAGCGAUUGCAGCUGACCCCAGAGGAAUUGAUAGCUGGAUCAACCUGAGCCGUGUGGACCCAGAUGCAGAGGUUCAGGGUGAGAUCUACUUGGAUGUACAAAUGCUGGAAGAUACACGGGGCCGUUGUCUACGCUGUCAUGUGCUCCAGGCCAGGGACCUGGCCCCCCGAGAUAUCACCGGCACAUCUGACCCAUUCGCACGCGUGUUCUGGGGCAGCCAGAGCUUGGAGACGUCAACCAUCAAGAAGACCCGCUUCCCCCACUGGAAUGAAGUGCUGGAGCUGCGGGAGAUGCCGGGAGCCCCAGCCCCGCUGCGGGUGGAGCUCUGGGACUGGGACAUGGUGGGCAAGAAUGACUUCUUGGGUAUGGUGGAAUUCCCCCCACGGGUCCUGCAGCAGAAUGCCCCCAGUGGCUGGUUCCGUCUCCUGCCCUUUCCCAGAGCCGAGGAGGAUUCUGGGGGGACCCUGGGCGCGCUGCGGCUGAAGGUGCGCCUCAUUGAGGACCGCGUCCUCCCUUCCCGGUACUACCAGCCGCUCACGGAGCUGCUCAUGGCAUCUGUGCUGGGCCCGGCAGAGGAGGAUGCUGCCAGUCCCCUGGCCGUGCUGGAGGAGCUGACCUUGGGGGACUGCCGCCAGGACCUUGCCACCAAGCUGGUGAAGCUCUUUCUUGGCCAAGGCCUGGCCGGGCCCUUUCUGGACUAUCUCACCCGGCGUGAGGUGGCCCGGACCACUGACCCCAACACCCUCUUCCGUUCUAACUCCCUGGCAUCCAAGGCAAUGGAACAGUUUAUGAAGCUCGUGGGCAUGCCUUACCUGCACGAGGUCCUGAAGCCAGUGAUUCACCGCGUCUUCGAGGAAAAGAAGUAUAUGGAGCUGGACCCGUGCAAGAUGGACCUAGGCCGCUCCAGGAGAAUCUCCUUCAAGGGCGCACCCUCGGAGGAGCACGUGCGGGACGCCAGCCUCGGGCUGCUGACAGGCUACCUGGGGCCCAUCGUGGACGCCAUUGUGGGCUCUGUGGGGCGUUGUCCGCCUGCCAUGCGCCUUGCCUUCAAGCAACUGCACCAAUGCGUGAAGGAGCGCUUCCCCCAGGCGGAGCAUGAGGAUGUGAAGUACCUGGCCAUAAGCGGCUUUCUCUUCCUGCGGUUCUUUGCACCUGCCAUCCUCACCCCAAAGCUGUUUGACCUCCGGGACCAGCAUGCAGAUCCCCAGACCAGCCGCUCACUGCUACUGCUUGCCAAGGCUGUGCAGAGCAUCGGAAACCUAGGCCAGCAGCUGGGCCAGGGCAAGGAGCUAUGGAUGGCCCCCCUCCACCCCUUCCUGCUACAGAGUAUCUCACGUGUGAGACACUUCUUGGACCAGCUGGUGGAUGUGGACGGGGAGGAGGAGGCUGGGGGCCCAGCCAGGGCCCUAGUGGCCCCCUCGGUGAUCGUCCGUGAAGGUUACCUGCUGAAGCGCAAGGAGGAGCCCGCCAGCCUGACCACCCGCUUCGCCUUCAAGAAGCGGUACUUCUGGCUCAGCGGGGAGGCGCUCUCCUACUCCAAGAGUCCGGAGUGGCAGAUGCGCUCCUCCAUCCCGGUGUCGCACAUCCGUGCCGUGGAGCGCGUGGACGAGGGCGCCUUCCAGCUGCCGCACGUGAUGCAGGUGUUAACGCAGGACGCCGCCGGCGUGCUGCACACCACUUACCUCCAGUGCAAGAAUGUGAAUGAGCUCAACCAGUGGCUGUCAGCCCUGCGCAAGGCCAGCGCCCCCAACCCGGACAAGCUGGCCUCCUGCCACCCUGGUGCCUUCCGCAGCUCGCGCUGGACCUGCUGCCUCCAGGCUGAGCGCUCAGCUGCUGGUUGCAGCCGCACACACUCGGCCGUCACCCUGGGGGACUGGAGCGACCCGCUGGAUCCUGACGCUGAGAUCCAGAUGGUGUACCGGCAGCUGCUCCUGGGGCGGGACCAGCUCAGGAUGAAAUUCCAGGAGGGUCCCAACAUAGAUUCCAGUCCAGAGGCAGACGCAGAGAAGGGCUCUGGGGCCGCAGAAGGGGUCUGUCCCGAUGCCCUGGCCCGGCACAGAGAGGCAGCUGUCCGCCUGCUGGAGGUGCUCGAAGAUCUGGACAGAGCCCAUGAAGAGUUCCAGCAGCGGGAGCAGCAGAGGGCAGCCCUGAGCCCCCUCGGGCACUGAGAAAAGGCCAGAACCAGCCUGGAAGGGGAAGAAAGGCACCAGAAGACCCCCUCUCAGAGCACCCUGGCGUCUUGAGGCUGUCCUGUUCCUCGUUGAUGCUGUAGGGUGCAGGCUGCUGGAGAUCUAGUCUCUGUGCCCUAAGUGCAGAACCCCGGGCACAGAAGCCCUGUGGCAGGGGGCUGGCCUUUGUACUGAAUGACUCUCAGUCUCUGGGCGAGGCAGAUGGGAGUGGAUGGGAUAAGGAGCCUGACUCAUUCGGCUCAGCGGAAUGUCUCUGCUAAACCAGACUGGCUCCUGCCCACACCGACCAGGCCCACCUGGUCCUGAGCUGUUGCUGGAUACAGCUGUCUGUGAAUCCCCGACACCCACGUGGCCUUGUUGCCCCAGACAGGCACUAAAGAGGCUCAGCCCUUCCUGUUUUCA